AUGGAACCAACUGGCAGGAGGAAUGAAGAGGAGGGCGAUGUAAAGAGCACGAGGCAAGAGGAAUCGCUCUCGAAGAAGGAAGGACGAAGGAGGCCCCGUCCGAGAGGCAAGAGGUCCUGCAACGCCCAGCUGAGUGCCUCCCAGGAGGACGUCGCCCACCUGUGGAGGGCGGCAAGGCUCGCCCCGGCGCCAGGAGACGGCGUGCAGAUCAAAAGCACUUUGCCUCCGCAGGCGAUUUUGACCCCGGCGAAAGGCAGGGAACCAGUCUCACGCAGAUCCACAGACGUCAGCAACAUAGACAAUACACGGUCUUCCAAAGCCACCGAACUGUCCACGUUUUCAUGCAAACUGCGAUCAAGAACUGGUCAUAAGUCUCUGGAUUACGUAGCAGAAGAUACAUACAUCUUCUGCCAUUGGUGCAAGGCGCUGUGCGAGGGAGUCUGUCCGGACCAUCCGCCUCUGCUGGUGCUCGACAGGAAGAUCCCGCGCGACGGCAGCCGCGGCGACCGCGCCCGCGAGACGACGCCGUGGCCGCUUCGGGUCGCCGAGUCGCCGAUCGCGGGCGCCGGAAUGGGCGUGUUCACGCUUGCCCGUCUGCCGCCGGGCCUCGUCUUCGGGCCUUACGAAGGCCAAAUCCGGGCUGACCAGCAGGAGAGCGGGUACGCGUGGCAGGUGAGGUCACCAUCACACAAGAAAAAGACAGUUGAUAGCGUGGAUGCCUCGGUCAGCAACUGGAUGCGCUACGUGAACUGUUCCAAGACUGAUAUGGAGGCAAAUCUAGAGGCCUUUCAGUUCUUAGGCAACAUAUACUACCUAGUUAUUAAAUACAUAGAGGUUAAUUUGGAACUGCUAGUGUGGUAUGGCGACGACUAUGGCAAAGCGCUACAGUCCCGCCGGGAAGCCGAGGCUGGCAUGCACAUGGCUGACGAUCACGAGAGCAGUCCCGAUAAAAAGAAGAUUAAGACAGAGGAUGUUGCAGAAGUGCAUGGAAAGACCCUAAGUUUAUCGCAGCAUGAAAUGGAACCGUUGUUUACUCCUGUAAUUCUGAAACGAACACCAGAUGGUUCUGCACAGGUCCAGAUUGCUGCAUCAGAGACGCCAGACUGUGGCCUUCCUUCUCGCUGCUCGUCAAAGAAGGCUCAUCAACAAUAUAGGAAGUUUGACUCUACAUAUUGUGUUGUUUGCAGAAGGGCUUUCCGGGGAAUAUGUUCGAAGCAUCCAAUGCCUCUCCUGCGUGACGCACCGGUGCCGCGAGACGGCAGCGUGAAGGAGCGAGCCAGGCUAACGGCUCCUUGGCCCUUGGUGGUCCGCCAGUCGCAGCAGAAAGCCGCCGGGGAGGGCGUGGUGACGACCGCCCGACUACCGAAGGGCCUUGUCCUUGGUCCCUGCGAAGGAUGGGUUCUUCCGAGGACGAGCGUCACGACUGGCUACAGCUGGGAGAUCAACGGCCGCCCCGACGUGGAGAUCGACGCCGCGGACACAGCCUUCAGCAACUGGCCGCGAUACCUCAACUGCCCCAAGCGCGGCCGCGAGCAGAACCUCAGGCCCAUGCAGAUCAGGGGCGAGAUCUUCUACGUCACGACGGCGGAGAUUGAGCAGAACACUGAGUUGCUGGUGUGGUACGGAGAUGACUACGGCAGCUGGUUAACCUUUCCCCAGCUCCUGUCGGUUGAUGGAAAUGAUACUACAGUCAAAGCAUACUCAUUUACUAGUUCAACAACUUUUAUUUCAUACCCACUCCAAGACCGUCUGGGGGCAACUCGAGGAACCAGGCAGAGAGGACACUCCACGGGAAAAAGAACUCACUCACAAACCUGCGCGAGAGACCGGGAGCUGCGACGCCAAGACGAGACACGAGCAGGCGCCAUGGAGACGACGGAAAGACCCACGAAAGGUCCUUCACAUAGGAGGCGUGAGACCAGUGCUGAAGAUAAUCGCCGAAAGAUCGUCAGGGUGAGAUGUCCUUCGGGAUAUGCCAGCAUCGUGGAGCUUAGUCUCGAAAAAACAGGGAACAAGAGGCGUGGCGUCGCCCUCCGUGCCGGAGCCUCCACGGAAGGCAUUCCUUCGUGCUGGAACUUGCAGCCCAAUGCCACGCAUGGGUUUCCCGUAGCAUUCAGUGCAGAAGCAGCUUGUGACAAAUGCCUCGGUGAUUCAAGAUUCAAGGCAUACCCUGGAACUAGAGUAAUGUUUUCGAUUUCCAGUAUCGAUAAUCGGGAGUUCAGUCCACAGAAACCUGUGAAAGAGGCCUCUCCUGCGAACACAUGCAGCGUCCGAGAAGUUUUUCCCCGUCGCAGGGAGGACACAUGCAUUGUAGGCUCGCCCGCUGGCGCGUCCCACCAGAGCUUCAUUGGCUACAGCAAUCUACAAGAACAAAAGCUGAAAGUGGAGUGGACUGAGGACUUGUAUACUAGCAGUAGUGCGAAGUUAAGGCUCCCAUCGGAGAGUAAGAGCGCGGGAGAGUCGUUAGACAUACAACGGAUACUUCCGGAGGAGAAAGUUAGGGAACCUGUACUAGCUCAGUCUCCUGAGGGAAGCCUUUACACUAACUUACCGGAGUAUUUUCAGUCUCAUAUUAAGGCAUUACCUUUGCCAGGAAAUUAUGCCAGAACGCAUCAGUAUAUUUCAGGCCAUCAUUACAAGGUAAAACAUUUAUCGGAUUAUGUUCCCGAUAUUACUCAGGCAUGUGGUCCCCAAUCAGAUGAGCUGAAUAUAUACGAAUGUUCUUAUUGCCACAGCCUUUUCGCUCUUAAAUACAACCUUAGUUUUCACUUACACAAGUGUCUCGAAUCAUUUCUUGGUAUUCGAUUUUGA